AUGGUGCAGAAGAAGACCGCCGAACUUCAGGGAUUCCACCGUUCGUUCAAGGGGCAGAACCCUUUCGAGCUGGCCUUCUCCCUAGACCAGGCGCACCACGGGAACCCCGACUUCAGCUCACAGUGCACGGCCCGCCCUGACAUGCCCGCCAGCCAGCCCAUCGACAUCCCCGAUGCCAAGAAGCGGGGCAAGAAGAAGAAGCGGGGCCGCGCCACUGACAGCUUCUCAGGCAGAUUCGAAGAUGUCUACCAGCUGCAGGAGGACGUGCUCGGGGAAGGCGCCCAUGCCCGCGUGCAGACCUGCAUCAACCUCAUCACCAACCAGGAAUACGCCGUCAAGAUCAUCGAGAAGCAGCCAGGCCACAUUCGGAGCAGGGUUUUCCGGGAGGUGGAGAUGCUGUAUCAGUGCCAGGGACACAGGAACGUUCUAGAGCUGAUUGAGUUCUUCGAAGAGGAGGACCGCUUCUACCUGGUGUUUGAGAAGAUGCGGGGUGGCUCCAUCCUGAGCCACAUACACAGGAGGCGGCACUUUAACGAGCUGGAGGCCAGCGUGGUGGUGCAGGACGUGGCCAGCGCCCUGGACUUCCUGCACAACAAAGGCAUUGCGCACAGGGACCUCAAGCCGGAAAACAUCCUGUGUGAGCACCCCAACCAGAUCUCCCCCGUGAAGAUCUGCGACUUCGACCUGGGCAGCGGCAUCAAACUCAACGGGGACUGCUCCCCCAUCUCCACCCCGGAGCUGCUCACGCCGGUGAGGCCUGCGGCUCCGGGGCGCCGGGAGGCCGAGGGCUGCGGCUCCGCUCAACCCCAGAACAUGCUGUUUGAGAGCAUCCAGGAGGGUAAGUACGAGUUCCCCGACAAGGACUGGGCCCACAUCUCCUGUGCCGCCAAAGACCUCAUCUCCAAGCUACUCGUCCGCGACGCCAAGCAGAGGCUGAGUGCCGCCCAAGUCCUGCAGCACCCCUGGGUGCAGGGGUGUGCCCCGGAGAACACCCUGCCCACACCCAUGGUCCUGCAGAGGAACAGCUGUGCCAAAGACCUCACAUCCUUUGCGGCCGAGGCCAUCGCCAUGAACCGGCAGUUGGCCCAGCGCGAGGAGGACGCGGCCGAGGAGGCGGCCGCAGGGCAGGGCCCACCCGUGGUCAUCCGAGCUACCUCACGCUGCCUGCAGCUGUCCCCGCCCUCCGAGUCCAAGCUGGCCCAGCGGCGGCAGAGAGCCAGCCUGUCGGCGGCCCCCGUGGUCCUCGUGGGAGACCACGCGUGACCCGCCCUUCCUCCCGCCCUCUCUCUGUACAUAAGUUGCCCCUUCCCCCAUCAAAUCUAAAAGUUUUCUUAAGCUAUUGCCA